AUGAUUAUCGGAACCGAUUCCAAGUCUUCAUCCUUAAGAGUGGGAAAAUUCAAUUUAGUAGAUUUGGCCGGUUCUGAGAGACAGUCCAAGACUGGAACCACUGGCGAUCGGCUCAAAGAGGCCGCAAAAAUUAAUUUAUCGCUCACCUCCUUAUCACUUGUGAUCGCAGCCCUUACCGACUCAAAGGCCACUCAUAUUCCUUAUCGAAACUCAAAACUAACUCGAAUUUUAUCUGAUUCUUUGGGUGGCAAUUCUAAAACACUACUCAUUGCUUGUAUUGGACCGGCAAAAGUGAAUAUAGAGGAGAGUGUGAGUACAUUGAGGUUUGCGUCCACUACUAAACACAUCAAAAACAAAGCCGUCAUCAAUGAAGACGCAAAGGAUGCUCUUCUGAGACGUUUUCAGCAGCAAAUCGAUGAACUCAGACAUCAACUCGAGUUGGAAGCAGAG